AUGGCGGUCGACAAGUCGCUCGAUAACCUGAAACAUUUCAAGGUCGAAAAAUUAAAGGGAUGGCCCCCGCCGGACACGGUUGCCCUGAUGGAGGAAUUAGCAAGAGAAGAUGUUGAUGAAGCUGUGCAUGCAAUAUUAUUUAGAGAAAAUUAUGUUGUGAAGCGCUUGGAUACAUAUCUUAAGGAUUUAGACGCUCUUAAGGAAAGAAAAAAAGAGUUGUUACAUAAAAAGUGGACGGAAAAUGUUGCAACCCCCCUUCAGGAGAGCAUUAUAAAAAAAGUGCUUUCAUAUCGAGGGUUGAGAAAAAAGAAAGAAGAAAAUUUUGAAUAUUUUUUAAACCACACAAGGAAAAAGGUCACAGUGCCGCCAUUUUCCGACCCUCUGUUUAAAAGCCAGCGGAAGAAGGAUGAAGAGAGGAGGGCUCAUCUGCAGUAUAAGACAGGAAGGCCUUAUUCCUCAAAGGAGUUUAAAGAAAUGGAGAAGGCCAAGCAGUAUUCCAGACUGCCCCAGUUCCCGUUUCCUUUCCAAGACGUGGCUCCCAAGGAUCAGUACAAAGCCUCGUUGAGGUCUGAGAGAAGCAAACUUCAGAGUUACAGCCCUAAAGACUUCUGCGCAGAAAGGAAGGAGCAGCCUGGCCAGGAGAAGAAGCGGUCCUGGGGCAGCCGGGUUGCUUUCGAGCGCUGCUUCCAGGCGUCCCGGAUGGGCAGGCGGGCCCCCGACGGGAGGCGCCCGGUGCUUCCAGACCCGUUCCCCGCGGCUCACUCGCACCAGCGCGGCCUCCUGCCCAGUCUCAGCCUCCAAGAAGAGGCUGGUGCGGAGACCCCAGACCCGUAG